AUAAAACACGAUCAAAUUAUUGCCUUCAUGCACAUUUCAUUUUCAAUAUUAUCACCAAACACAAACAAACAAGCCAAAAAAAAAGUGAAUACCUGGUGCCAUAUGCAGUCGUACUGCAUUUGUGAUUUGUUCCUUUACGGUCAGAUAAAAAUAUGAUACAACUUACAUGAAAAGUUGUAGUAGAUUUUGAAAGAUUUCACUCAAAAAACUUUGGGGGGGGGUGGGCAAUAGUGAUUGGUGAGUCUAAAAUUUGUUGUUGGGGGGCCACCAGUAUACUGGUACUACCGGAAUAUGACAUUCACAUGCAUAACCACAUGCACAAACUACAAAACCACCAAUUUCUGGGCACUGCCCUGUUGUUUUCCCUAUCCAUCUAUCCAAAACCAUCCAUUUUGAGAAUGACCCAACAUGGAUACAUCUCCUCUCUUUGGCUUGAAAGUAAUAAAGUUGUUUAUUAUUACUUUCCUAAACUAUUGCUCUCAAUCUAAUGGAACAAUCCCCAUCCAGUGUCCAACAAGAGUUCAACCUUGGACAAUGGGCUUUGAAGGCUCAAGUUGCUCGAGGAAACACGAAUUCAAGACGGUUUUCCACGUCAUACAUCGAAAGACAGAGAGAAGAAGCAAGGUCAUUCAGAUCAAAUAGAACCAUCUCUAGCACUGCCUCAUCUCCAGGCUAUACCUUGAGAGAAGAAAUAGACCCAUCUACUUAUUCCUUCACAACUGCUCUUCAAGGUGAUUUAAGUACUCAAAAAUAUGAACUUAUUGUACUAAGUUCACUAAGUGUUUAUGUGAUCAAUGUGUGUGUUUUUGGGGGGUUGUGUACUUCAGCUUUGCAGGCAAGGUAUGGCUACAACAGUUGGGAUUGCUUAUCACCAGAUGGGUUUGCUUUAAACUCCAAGUGGAAUGAAGCAGAGAAGUAUAUAUGCAAUCCACACUCAGGGGAGGUCCCACUGGAGUGUUUAUCAGCUAAAACACUUAGCGCGAGAUCAUUCCGCAACUAUACAAGCAGGACUUUUAUGUCUGCACCUCUUGUUUACUCUUUUCAAUCAAAGCAAAUCCACACCAGGUCUUGUGUGCCUAGUGUACUCCACUUUCCAAUUCAAGGUCCUAAAAACACAUGUUGCAUCUCUUCUAUUACUUAUGUUUUGUGUUCUUCAAGUGUUAUUUUGGAGUUCAAUUUUGAAGUUAUUUAUCAAAUUUCAGAAGCAAAGGAUGUCGAGAUGGUUACCAAGGAUGUCGAGACCAUUACUAUGGAUGUUGGCAUUCAAAGCACACUGCCUGAGCUUCAAUCAAACAGCUCCAGCUUCGUUUCCUCCCAAAAAAUCAUCAAGAGCUUGCUGAAGCAAUGUGAAGAAGAAGGCAGAGAUUCACCCAACUUUACUGAAAAGAUGAAACGUGAGAAAAAGGUUGUAGAAAAUAAAGGCAGAAGUGAUGGGAAAAGAAAAGAGAAAGAAGGAAAGGAAAAGGAGAAGGGGAGAUGGAGGCGCAGCACACAAGGUGGGUGCUUGUCAUGGAUGACCAACAAGAACAAACCUAGGAAGAAGAAUAUGUGUCUUCCCCUUCCCCAUCUAAUUAAUGGGUGCUAAAUGUCACUAAAAAUGGUGAAGUUACUGAAAGACACUCUGUCUAGGGACCAAUGAGUCUGAAGGUUAUUGGUUUUUGUUGUAUCUAUUGUUUGACUGUUAUGUGGUUGUUUUGGCUUUCAGAAAGUAGUACCAUUUUCUUUUUCCAACAAGUUCAACAUCAGUACCAUGUAGUGAUAUUGAUAUAUAGCCUGAAAAAAUAUCUUCUUGAGUAGCUUAGACAAACCACUAGUUUCUGAUAUUAUUGAGACUCUUAACAAGUAAUUUGCCAAGUAAUUCCUAAUCAUGAUAUUACCUAAUCACCUUUCUUGACUCAGCUACCAUUGCAGGAAUCAUUGUUGUAGUUUAUCUGAGAUACUUAAAAAGCUUAAAUUCAUCUAAAAUCGUCCUCAACACCCCUUGUGAAAAUUUCGAUUCUCAUAUCCGUCAAAAGAUUAAGAACAUAACCCCCCAUAAAUUAUGACCACCUAGAAAUAACCCUUUCAAAUAUGUUUCGAGUCCGAUGCCUCAUCUGCAUUCUGUUUCUUACUAUCAAAACAUAUAUAUCCUUGAAAUGCAUUUGGUUUUUGAAGCUUUUUUACGACUAUAAGACCUCUUAAACUCUGAAGGUCAAUUAAACAAACAAAGCAUAAAAACAGUAACGGUGAAUUCAUAAGAUCUACCCUAUUGACUGCAAGUCCGAGCCAAUUAUUCUUGGAGACAACUGUCUGAAGGAAUAUGUUCAGGUUCAUAAUUUCCACGUGAUAGGUUACAUUUACUCUCCAUUUAUUCUCUAAAGAAACGCUAAUUCUACUGCAAAAACAUGUUUUCCUAUAUCAAGGUACCUUCUAUUAAGUCUAUGAAGGCUUGAAAAGAAGAAGAUUAAGACCUAAUUAAGGUAUUGGCGUAUUGCACACGUAAAAAU